UUUUUUACCUUUAUUUCCCUGCUCUCACAACAAAGCCCUCCCUCUUUUCCCCCUCCCUGCGCUUGAACGCUCAAAAUGAGUACACCAAGCACCUCGACGGAUUCAAAAUUCCACCAGAAAAAGAGAAAAAGUUCCAUCUCCUCUUCAUCGAAUACAUAGUGACGUUGGAAAUAUUCAUUUCAUUGUUCAUCUUUCCAGUUCAGGAGAUGAUUGAGAAGAAGAUGACAAAAGCUACUACACUGCAAGUUGAUGCACUAAAAGUUGAUGUAAGAACUACAAGAAGAAAAGAGAUACCUCCUCGACCAGAGCAGUUGUUCUGAUCGCAUCAGAAAACUUUUUUUUGCGAAGUCCAUCGAACAGCACGAGUCCGAGGAACGACGUGAAAAAAUACCCAAAAGUUGCGAAACACUGCGCCUGGAACAAAGUACUUGCUUUUAUACAGAACGCUCACGUUGUAUGUAAAGGUAAACAAAGUCAUAUUACACUUCAACUUCUUCAACAAGCAAAAGGCAUCCUGUCCCAUCCUAUCCUAUCCUAUCCUAUCGUAUGCCAAGCAAAGAAACUAGUACAUCAUGAAUUGAAUUUUUUCAAGUUGAUGUUUGUUAAAGUUAAAAACUUCAUGUUGUCAUCUUAGUCGAUCUACUCGAGCCUGAUUCGUCCCGGCAAUGUGGCUUGGCCACAAGUUCGCGGACCCUUGAACCUUGAUCUACAACGACGCACAACUACAGGCGGCCCUCCUCAGGCAACCAGAACAAUCCUCCUCUGCAGCCACGACAUCGACGCAUUGUCCGUCAUUCACCCAGCAUCAGGAUGAUCUUAAGACCACAGGCCAGCAAGCACCACCUUUUUUUCUACAUGAAAAGCAAUGGCCGUCGAGUAUGUGAGAUUAUUUCCUAGCAUACUCGGUUAUUUCGGUUUUUCGAAUUAUACGUGUUCCAAUAUGAUAAUACUUCGUGCCUCUACUUUUUUUCAGGAAAUUUCUCGAGGUUGUGCGUAUCCAACAUCGAUCACUUGCUCUAGUACUAAAACUUUGAGGGCCUAGCCUUAGGAUUAGAUUGUAGAAGUACAAGCACGGCACCGAUCGUUUUUAAUAAGUAGCUACAACAACAACAACAACAACAACAUAACCCACUACAACAACAACAGCAUGACGAUACCGCCAACCGCCUGCUGACUCAGAGACUUGACUGAAGUCCUCUUUACAUUCUGACUCCUUCGAAAUACUGAUCUUAGAAAGUCCUAGGUCCAUCUUAUUAAUAGCUACAAGAAGUACUCCAUUGCAUGGAGAUCAACAAGAUCAACAGAGCAGCUUCACAAGAACAGCUUCUAAUUGUCGGCAUUCGAAAGUUUCCUGGUCGACGUUUGGCGACGCGAAGUUUAGUCAUGGCGGCAAUGCGCUGGUAUAAUUGGUUACUUGUUUUGCUGGUUCCAGUGAUUGGAAAAACGAUACCAGAGCGCUCCUUAAGGCAUUGAAUGAUUGAUACCAGACAAGCGCUCCUUAAGGGAAGUGAUGCAGGAGGUACAUCCGCAAAUGAGGAAGCAGUAACCUAAGCGCUAGAGACACUGAGCUGCGCCGCAAGUAAGUAGGUUGCGCCCCUCUGGAAAAAAGAAGAUAGAAGGAGAGCUUAAACGAAAAUAAGCAUCAAAAGCUUGACCCGAUCACUAUUCCGUCGAUCUUGAGAGACGCCAUCCUCCUGGGAAAUAGGUAUAAAAGGUCAUGCUCUCCAAGGGGAAAACAAAAAGGUAAAUAAUACGGUCUGUACUUCAAGAUUUGGAUGGCGUUCAAGAUUUGGAUAAGGGUGGGCAGUUCUAAGGCACGAAGAUGAAAUCGGAUAUCUGAUAAAAGCAGAGGGAGAAACUACGGGUACGGUAGUAGACACGUACUACAAGUACAACAAGAACUACGUGGUGUACACAAGAACGAACACAGGACCAGGAGAAGCAGUGCCAGAAGUACCUCCAGGAGGCUCAGUUUCGUAUCAAAAAUUAAGGCACCAGAUAUCGACAUCUUGUUCCGUUUCCUUAGAAUUACUUGAAUCUGCUACGAGAGGAUAGCUAUAGGAGAGGAUACUCUGCUGUAGGAACAGAGGAAUAGCUAUCGAGGCUGUGAGCUCUAAUCACCGCUCAUGAUAAGGAAAAGAGGACAUCCACCAAGCCCACAUCGCAUGGACACAAUGAUGAUGCAAAGCCCACAGAUGGACACGACAGUGUUUAUGCAAAGCCCACAGAUGGACACAAUGUUGAUGGCGCUGAUGAUCCUGAUCUUGAUUUUGGUCAACAGCUCUCGUCUUCCACCUCCUCUUCAUCUUCCUCGUCUAGCAAGCUGAACAUCACAACACCUUUAGAACAGGGUGGACUAGUCGUGAAGAAUGGGGUCGUUGUAGAUGAUGGUACAGUAGCAGAGGAAAUUCCAUCAGGAGCACAAUCAUCAACCACGUAUCAUCCAAAGAACCAACAAGUAGGAGAACAAGAACAACAUGACCAAGAACAACAUGAACUAGAACACGAACAGCUGCUGCCAGUACAAGUUCAACACGCUUCAUCGCCACUCAUGGAGGUUGUAGGUGCAAAAGAUUCGUCGCCACUCACGGUAGAUGCAGAUGAGCAAACAUUUCCACCCUCUCUAAGUGCCAUAGAGCAGGACAUGAUUGAGAUUGAGAUGAUGGCCUCAACAUCCGUCCCACAUGAAGAUGAUACUAUUUUUACUAAUGCUGGUGCAGAGAAUGAAAAUGAUACUGGAACGUCAACAUCACAACGUUUUUAUUCUGGUACUAACAAUGCUGCAGAGAAAGAGAAUGAUACUGGAGGAACGUGGUCAGCAUCAUCAAUAAAUUCCAAUGAUCCAUCUCCAGCUUCGGAGUUACAACUGAAUAGCCAGAACAAGCAGCGAAGUUACAACUUGCGCGGGACAGCAAAACUUCAACACCUUCAAUCUCAAGUUGAUGAACAAGUAUUAAAAACGACUGACGAGACUACGAGGUGGAAGACGAGUUCCUUUUUUUAUGGCAAUUAAGAGUAGGAGUAGUUGUACUAGUCCUCGUCGUUAUAGUACCUGAUGAUGAUGUCUUUACAGUAACACUUUGAGCAGAUAAACGACAGGAGUCAGGACUGUUUCGUUUUAAGUACUUGUGCGUAACUAAGUACUUUGAGCAGUCCUCGUUUUUAUACUUGUUGUGCGCUGUAAAAAUUACUACGACUUUGAGGACUACAGAGCUCUGUCCACCACGACCUCUUAAAGCUUCAUUUUGUUGGUCUUGAAUACGAGUUCUUACCUCUCACAACUUUCAUUUUGUUGGUUUUGAAUACGGGUUCUUGGCUACCUCAGACGACGCCGCCAGCGGGAAAGACAAGAACAGCAAUAGUCUCCCCUGUUGUAACAUCGAUGAUAACGAUGAAAGUCAACAUUAUGGAAGACGAAGAUGCCUUUUCUAGGUGGUUGUAGGUGUAUAACAACCUAAUAUCCGACUUACAAGAUUGGGGCUGAUGCACACGCCUCCCGAGGCUUGGUAAGUUACUCAGGAGGUGUGAUGACAUUGUAGUCAGACUAUCUCGCAGCCAACAACAAAGAAAAAACGACUCAAGUCUUAGACCAAUGCUUCAUAGGAGCGGUCAAACACCUCUGAGUUACAGUGCAAACAGCUAAAAGAGGACAACAAUAAUUUUCUUUGUCGGAGACGGGUGAGGAUCUUGUGAACGUACACCAACUGUAGCAAGAAUGGAUCCAAUCUUCUUCCUGGAAUUUUAUCGUCCCGGGGUCAUACAAGAGAUGACCCUGUAAAAUCCGUCAGGCUUAAUCAUUUCAGAGGAAAGAACAAGCAACACGGAAGAUGACAGCAGACAAGAACUGUGGUUGUCAAAAACAAAUAGUGAUAUACCCGGCAAAUUAGCGCUCCUCUAGGAGAUACUCUUUUGCUGGCUGACCUCAUCGGUAGUCACGUGCAACUACAAACGAGGUUCCAUGACAUGACAUUAUCCGACUUCAUUGAUGAAAGAAAUACUGUCUUACCACAUCUCGACGGCCAUCAUGGACGAUAGUAACAGGGACUGGAGCACGAUGCAUCUUAGCAGCUUUGUUUUCCAACUUCAUUUUCAUCUUCUUAGCCAGAGACGUUACUCACGUCGUUAAGCAGUCGGUCUUAUGUAGCUGCCGUGUCUCUACUGGGGUCACCAUGGAGCCCGGCAGUUACUUGUAGCUGCUACGUGGUUCGAAUGAGUGAAUGAAUGCAUUAUUCGUAGCAUUAUAGUUGAUAAUGAUAAUCUACUUCAAUAUAUAUCUUCUAAAAAAGGGGAAUACUGUUUGUUCGCGAUGACAGAAAGGCGGGAAAUCUUCGAGGCAGCGGAGGAACAAGAAGACAACAGCGUCGUACAACUCGAAGAGCAAGAAGAAACACAGAUUUAUGGACUAUGUAUGAGUGGAGUGAAUGAAAUGGAGUUUUCCUGCUCCCAUUUCGCAUCUUCUCACCGCUCUCGUCAGAUCAUCAUAUUUCCAACUACUUCUAGUCGUGUUCAUCUGUGGUCCUCCAUGUACAACGACAUUUAACUACAAGCUAUAAUUUUUUGUUAUUACACGCCGAGCGUUAACGUUUAACAUCAAACUCCUCUACUUCGUUUUUAAUUAAAAGCUUCAGUGCAGGGGUUAGUCUAGUCUACGACCUACAAUCUAGUCCUCUCAUCAUUAUUACACGCCGCGAGUUAUCAUUAUCUGCGAGUUGUUCUUAAGUUCUACAAGAACUACUAGCGCAGCAUGCGCGACCUUUGAACUAGCUGUCGUUAAACGUUAGACGUUUACAAACUUGAACUUCUAACGAGGACAGCUGGGAGUGCGGCAGGUGCGAAGGCGAGUUCUGCUGCUGCUGUUGAAGAAGGGCAAAGUGAAACAUCUGCCAAGAGGAAA